CUGCGGUGUGCUGCGGUGUGCUGCACAGCGCUUGAGUUCGCGUUUCAUGGUUUUACAAUCUCAAACACAAAGAGGAACAAGGAGAUCGGCUGCCGUGAUGACGAGCAUGACGAGCAUGACGAGCAUGAUGGCAGUGCUCACGGCCUUCUCCUUGGUAGUGGCAGCAGCAGUAGUGUCCUCUGUUCACGCUGCAGAGACAGAGUCGCCGGGAACAGAAGAUCUCACCGUGAUGUGGGAUCUGCCACGCUGCAUUGAGCCGAGGAAGAAGUUUGUGUACAUCAAGACCCACAAGACGGGCUCAAGCACCAUUGCCAACAUAUUUCAUCGCUUCGCCAACAAACACGGUCUGCAUCUUGCACUGCCAAAGGACGAUACGUUCUAUUCGUGGCCAUAUUUAGGAAAGACACAGAUCCUCAACUCCAUUUGGAACUACAACCCGCCGAAGACAUACGAUGGUCUCUGCAGCGCGCACGUGCGCUACUCGCCCGAGGCACUGGGUACGCUCGUGCCCAACGCGGCGUAUGUGACGGUGCUGCGCUCGCCAAUCACCCACGCCAAGUCGUCGUGGUCGUAUUGGGGGUUUGCAAAAAACAUCAUCUCACACGGGGGCCCAUCGCUGACACUGGACGAAUUCAUGGAGGAUCCUGACAAAUACUUCCGAUUCGCAGAACGCACACUCCUCCAAAACUCACAGGCAUUUGAACUGGGGCAGAAGAAGAAGACGUCCAAGUCACAGUCUGAUGAUUUGGUUAACACGCUCUAA